AUGCCCGGUCAUGGCCUCAUCAAUUACUUCCUUACCAGCAGGACUGACGAUACUCUUCAACAACAUGACAUAAGAACAACCAUACCACGCAUGGCACCACGAUUCGCUCUUACGCUGCCCAGUGCGAUACCACAACCCAGUCAAGGACCUGCGACAGACUUUGGCGAUCUUAUCAACACCACAAGCGCAGCAUCACCAUACUCACAUGGCCUCGAUGGCGUCAGUCAGACGGACAACUACCUCUUCAUCAAUAUCCUCAUCAUAGCAUUCUGCGUGCUAUUAGUGGUGGCGCUGGGGUACCGAUGGGUUCACAUGGGCAAUGCUCAUCUACGGCAUCUGCUUACGAUGGGCUCGCGGCGAGAAGAGGAUCAGAGAUUCUGGAUGUACAACCAUUCUCAAUACUGGCCUAUGAUUAAAAACAGGCUACUAUACUCGCCACUGUGGAAGGUUAGGCAUAACCGAGAAAUCCAGCUGUCGAAAGCUGUGAGCAUAGGGACUUUGCCUUCGAGGUUUCAUACACUCUUACUGCUGCUGUACCUGGCGACGAAUGUGGCAUGGUGUCUAGCACUGGAUUGGACGCGGGAAGACGAGUACUCAGUCAUUGCACAGCUGCGAGGACGAUCUGGAUCCCUCGCCGCCUUCAACUUGAUACCGACGGUGCUCUUCGCACUCCGCAACAAUCCGCUUAUACCUAUCACGCGGGUCUCGUACGACACCUUCAACCUCAUGCACAGAUGGUGUGCGAGGGUUGCAAUCUUCGAGUCAAUCGUCCACACCGUCUGCUGGGCGGUGAACGCCAUUGCGGCAGGUGGCAUGCAUCAAGUUCAUGUCUCGCUUGCGACGAGCACGAGCUAUGCUUGGGGAAUGGUAGGAACGUGUGUCUUUGGUGUGAUUUUGGUUCAGUCACUGAGCCCAGUCCGACACGCCUUUUACGAGACUUUCCUCUUCCUGCACCGUGGACUGAUUGUUCUUGGUGUGAGCGCAGUCUUCGUACACAUCUACAAGGCGAAUUUGCCACAGCUGCCCUACAUCCAGCUGAUCAUCGUCUUCUACGCCCUCGAACUAGCCUGGCGAGCUUGCCGGAUCGUCUACCACAAUGUCAGUCGGCAACACGGUAUCACGAAAGUGACAGUUGAAGCAUUACCCUCGGAAGCCUGCAGAGUGACAUUCGACUUGUCAAGACCAUGGCACUGGAAGCCCGGCUGCCACGUCCACGCAUACCUCCCAACCUUUGCACUCUUGUCAAGCCACCCUUUCUCGAUAGCCUGGGCGGAAAGCACACCUCGUGCUCAGCCACCCAUGAUCGAGAUGGAGAAGAUGGCUUCAACCGAUAUGAGCCUACAAGACAAGGUCAUGACAGAUCCCAGCCUCACACGCCGGUCAAUGUACUCAAGCAAGAGCAUGGCAGCACCGACAGUGAAAACGAUAGCAGAAGCCACGCACGCACCCGAGAGCACUAACAUCGCUCUCAAGCGCGACGCGGCCGUGACAUCGGUCUCACUUGUGAUGAGAGCACGAACAGGCAUGACCCGCAAACUCUACGAAGCAGCCAACAAAGCCCCGACCAAGACUUUGACCACUUGGGGCGCGAUCGAAGGCCCCUACGGCGGCCACGACCCCAUGACCUCCUACGGCACCGUCGUCCUCUUCGCCGGCGGCGUCGGAAUCACCCACUGCGUAGGCUACGUCCACCACCUGCUCCUCCAACACCAAGCCGGGACCUCUUCCACGCAAAAGAUCCUUCUGGUCUGGUCCGUCCCGAACACCGAAGCCCUAGAAUGGGUGCGAAAAUGGAUGGAUCAGAUCCUGCGGAUGGAGAAUCGACGGGAUGUCUUGAGGAUUCAGCUGUUUGUUACCAAACCCCGGCAUCGGGCGGAGGUGAUCAGUAAUACGGGCUCCGUGCAGAUGUUUCCCGGCAGGUGUAACCCGAGUACGAUUGUGGAGAGGGAAUUUGCGGAGAGGAUUGGGGCGAUGGGGGUGACAGUUUGUGGGCCUGGAGCUUUUGCUGAUAGCGUAAGGCAGGCUGUGAGGACGGUGGUGGAGGAGGGGGCGGUGGAUUUCGUGGAGGAGGCUUUUACUUAUUAG